AUGGCUACGCAAUCACUCCCAUCCACACCCAGGGCCGGACCCUUUUCCGCGCCUGCAUCUACACCUGCGUCGGAGGGAGGUACGCCAGGGAAAUGGCGUCACCCCCAAUUGAGCGAGGUUGUGCGCCGCCAAAAUGCUGCAAGCUUUAGUGACAAGAACUUUCGAAGCGUGCUCUGGAAUGGAUCGACUCUUGUUUGUACCUGGAUUUUCGGCGGGGCCUACAAAUCUUAUGCGCGGCGUAUUUUCGACAGCAAACCUGCUUGUUACGAGUUUCCCUUGUUCAUCUUUCAAGCUUUGCUGCUCUUCAAUAUUCUUCUGGCGCUUUAUCCUCUCUUCAAGCCAAAGGACGACCUUGCCGAUAUCCCACUGACUCCGACACAACGUGCGCUUCUGGGCCUUGACCCUGGCCUAGCACCCCCAGCUACGCCAGGGACUACAUAUGUCACCCCUCCUCGGUAUCGCCUAUCCACUUCCCGAAAAGCCAGCCCUCUCAGCGCUAGCCGGCAAAGCGGCUCUCCAGUAUCUUCGGCUUCCACCCUCAACGAGCGACGCGGCUCUUUCGGCACUUCUUUCUCGGCCGCAUCUAGCCCUAUUUUCGGUAAAACGGCGAACGCUGGAAGCUUGGAUUCUAGUCACAGGCUGAGUGUGGGUUCUUCAUCGCCUUUGGCCCGAAGCAAUUCGUUUGGUGAAUCCACGAUGUCCAAUGUGUCUAGCAUGUCUGCUAUGUCUAGCAUUGGACCAAGCACCCCUUCUCCGCUGGCCGGCAAACGCCGCAACCUCGGACUCAGUAACAAAUGGCUAUACGAGAGAAGUCGCAGGCUCUCUGCUAGCAACAGUACCCUGUGA